AUGGAAACGAAAUCUGUUUACGCUGGUUUAGUGAAGCCUAAUCACAUGGAGGACAUGGCAGUUGUUAACAGGACAAGUCAACAGAUACCGUCGCUAAAGACGGGGCGCUUUUCAAUCGAAGAUUGUAACAUGACGCUGGGUUUGGCCGGGUUGCAAGCGUCUGCUCGUAAUGCGAGUGAUGCCAUCAGAAGACAGUCCCAGGCCGGCGAGGUAGGUGAGGGCUUUUCUGGGUCCGUCCCCCAAGCGUCGACGGAUGACAAGAAAGCGGUGAAGGGCGUGAUCGGUGUGCAGUACCCGUUUUUCGACAAAGUGAAGGCUCGGUUGCGUAGCCGGGACACAUACCAGGAGUUUCUGAAAUGUCUGAACAUCUUCAGUCAGGAGAUCAUUAGUCGCGAUGAGCUGCAGAGCCUGGUGGGCGACAUCCUCGGGAAGCAUGCGGAUCUGAUGGAGGGAUUCACCGAGUUCCUGACGCACUGCGAGAAUGUGGAAGGGUACCUGGCAGGAGUUUUCAGCGGGCGCAAGCUAGGGGAUUUUGCGGAGGGUGCACCGGCGAAGGACGUGAAGACUGAGAGGGAUGGCGAGCGGGAGAGGAACCGGGAGAAGGAGAAGGAGAGGGAGAGACAGCGGGACGCGAAGGAGAGGGAGCGGGAUGUGAAGCCAUCUCAGGCAGCGAAGGAGGGGGGUCACAAGGUGGUGUCGAGCAAGGACAAGUACAUCAACAAGCCAAUAUCUGAGCUAGAUUUGUCGAAUUGCGAUCGGUGCACUCCUAGCUACCGGCUGCUGCCGAAGCAUUAUCCUCGGCCUGUGUCGAGCCAUCGCACGGCAUUGGGGAACUCGGUGCUGAAUGACAGCUGGGUAUCGGUGACGUCAGGGAGCGAGGACUACUCGUUCAAGCACAUGCGGAAGAACCAGUACGAGGAGAGCCUGUUCCGGUGCGAGGACGAUCGGUUCGAAUUGGACAUGCUGCUGGAGGGGACGGCUGUAACGGCGAAGCUGGUGGGAGACUACAUUACGAAGCAAGAGGAGCAGAACGGGAAAGCGGAGGCAUUGCCGCCGGUGGACGAAUUUUUGUCAGCGAUUAAUUUGAGGUGCAUCGAGCGGAUAUACGGGGACCAUGGACUGGACAUGCUGGAGGCGGUUCGUAAGAACACGAGUCGAGCGAUGCCCGUGAUACAUUCGCGUCUGGUACAGAAGGAGGAAGAGUGGACCCGAUGCCGGGAGGAGAUGAACAAGGUGUGGUCGGAGGUGUACGCGAAGAACUGCUACAAGGCCCUAGACCACCGCAGCUUCUACUUCAGGUCGCAGGACAAGAAGGCGCUGAGCACGAAAGGGCUGCUGGCAGAGAUAAAGGAGGUGAGCGAGAAGAGGAGGAGAGAAGACGACACGAUGCUGGCGAUAACAGCCGGAAAUCGGCGGCCUCUGAUGCCGGAUCUGCGGUAUGAGUUUAGCGAACUGUCGAUCCAUGACGACAUGUACCAGAUCAUAAAGUACUCGUCUGAGGAGAUCAGCAGCUCGCCGGACCACACAGAGAAGACAAUGCGGAUGUGGAGGAUGUUCGUAGAGCCAGUGCUGGGCCUAUCGUCGCGUUCGCAGGGGGUGGAAGACGUGGAGGAAGGGGUGAAGGUGAAGUCGUUGGAGGGCGAAGGCAGGGACGGGGUCGGUGGAGAGAGCGGUGACAGCGGAGGGGAUGUGAGGAGCAGUCUUGAAGGUGGGGACACGGGUUUGGAGAGAGAAGGCACUGUGGGCAGAGGUGCGGAGGUGGUGGGCGUGGAGGGGUCCGAGGGUCGGGUGAUGGCAUUCACGACGAAUGCAGCAGCGAGUGGCGGAGAGCGAAGCGUGGGAGGUAGUUUGGUUGUGGAGAAUGCACGAGCAGAAGCGGAUGAUCGGGGAUGUGACGAAGUAAGGGAAGGUAUGGCAGUGGAGGGUGGGGAGGGGACAGCUGCGCGAACGGAAGGGUCGGGGUGGUUACACGGUGGAAGCAACGGGGCGAAGCUGAGCAGUGGGCCAACGGAACGACGCGAAGUGGGAGCGCGGGCAAAUGCGGGUCUUGGCGAGAACAGGGGUAGCAGAUUGGUGGCGGACGGCGGCGGUUCGGUGACGAACGGCAAUGGCACUGGCGGUGGUCGGACGGUGGAUAGAGAAGAAGGAGAGUUAUCGCCUUGUUCGGAGCAGGAGGAGCGAAAGAAGCCGAAGUACAGUUCGCGUCGGGGAGGGGAAGAAAAUGGUGCAGUGAAGUUAUUCGGUGGUGAAGAGGAGGAUGCAGAGGGCGUGGGUGGGAGAGAGAUGGAACACGAACAAGAUGCAGACGACGAAGGGGAGGAAAGCGCUCAGAAGUCGAGCUCAGGCAGCGACACUCCGUCGGAAGCUGGGGAAGAGGUUUCGGCAAGCGAGCAGUCUGGGGACGAGCAGUCGGAGCAUGAGGAGGAAGAGGAAGAGGAGCAGGAAGGGAAGGCUGAGAGCGAAGGGGAGGCAGAGGGUAUGACAGAUGUGGACGAUGGAGACGGGGAUGGGAACUCAUCACUGGCAGAUUCGGAACACUCGUAUGCACACUGCAAGCCGCUGGCAGCUUAUCCCGGGUCCGGUGCAGGCUUGGCGGGGGUGUCGAACUCGAGGAAAUGCGGAAGGAUAUUUUAUGGGAACGACACGUUUUACGUUCUCUUCAGGCUGUACCAAACACUGUACGAGCGUCUUCUGUCGGCGAAGGUGAAUGCAGAGCUGGCAGCUAAGAAGAAGGGUGGCGAUGGCGGCAGUCCUCCGAACUUGUAUUCCCGGUUCAUGCAGGUGCUGUAUGGGUUGCUGGACGGUUCCGUGGACAAUUCGAAGUUCGAAGACGAGUGCAGGGCAAUCAUAGGUACGCAAUCGUACAUACUAUUUACGCUGGACAAGCUGAUUUUCAAGCUGGUGAAGCAACUGCAAGCGGCAGCGACGGACGACGUGGUGCAGAAGCUGCUGGCUCUGAAUGCGUACGAGAACGAGCGGGAAGUCGUGGACGCGGUGUACUACGCUGAUGCUUGCGUGGUGCUGCACGAUGAGAACAUAUACCGUUUUGAACAACGGUCGAACCCAAGCGAGUUGCUGGUGCAGCUGAUGGAGCAUUCCGAGGCUCCCGGAAACAGUUUGGAGAGCUCAUUUCAAAAGUACUUGGAUGGGUUUUUGACGUCCAUACCCUCGAGCAAGCGCGGGCAGGUAUUUUGUGUGCGAAAUCUAAAGCGAAUGCGUGUUGAAGACGGUGAGGAUUACGGGAGCGAUGUGAACAUACUGAACGGGUUAGAGAUAAAGAUGUCAUGUCGGACGUCAAAAGUAUCUUACGUGCUGGACACGGAAGAUGUAUUUUGGAGGUCUGUGCCUGGGGGCAAGAGACGAAAGGUGACGGCGGAGUCGAAGAGGAGGGGUCAAUUUCACAAGUGGAUGCAAGAAAUGGAGGGUGUGAGGGGUGCAUAACUGAUCGCGAUUCGAUCUUGGUGCUUAGGUUUCCCAUGGGCUUGUUGUUUUUUGGGGGUAUUUGUUUCUCAUUCUAGGCCCUAUGGACCUCUUCCUCAAGCUGCCAUUUGAUCGUUGUUGCAGUUCGAUUCAUAUACUUCUGUAGUAGAGUUUUUGGGAGUCGGCUCAAGUGUCUUGCUUGACUGUAAAUUAUUUUGUUCAUUUUUCAUCCGACAACUUUUUUUUGUUUAAAUUUUCUAGACACAAGUGUACGUCCUGCUGAGUCUGUUUUAUUCGGAGGGUAACUCUCUCUGUUCUACCUU